UUAUAAAUAUGUCACGUUUUUGAGCAUUGCGAAUUGUUUUUAUCUCGUGCAAUAAAUUCGAAAUAAUCUGGUUUUCUUGCACCUUUUGCUUAAUAUAAACUAAAAAUGUUACAAAGAAUUUUUUCAAGGGCUAUUUUGCGCCCUGUGCUGUCGUGUAAUUUACCGGCGACUGGUAUGUCCCAGUAUGGACCGCAGUAUGUGGAUCCGGUGUUUAAGAAGGAAACCAUUACAGCUCUAGAAGAAACUGGGGAGAUUUCUCAAAUAGCUAAUGUGCCUGUGAAGGCGGCUAGGCACAAUGAUACCUGUUCGGUUUUCCACAGCGAUCUUGUCAGUCAAUUUAUCAAUUAUGUAAUGAAAAAUGGUGAUAAACAGUUGGCCAGACAACUGGUGGAAAAGGGCUUUGAGAAUAUGAAACGUCUCCAGCUGGAACGUUACCAUUUGGCAGAGACGGAUGAAGAAAAGCAGAGCAUUGAGUUAAAUCCAAAGGUGUUGCUAUCACGGGCAGUUGAAAAUUGUCGCCCAGUGCUGCAACUAACGCCAAUAAAAAGAGGUGGUGUCCGUUACCAAGUACCGGUACCGAUAACAGAAAAAAGAUCAUUUUUCCUGGCAAUGAAAUGGCUGUUAGAAGCUUGCAGGGAGAAGGAACGUACGAUUCAUUUCCCAGAAAAGAUGGCUUGGGAAGUAUUGGAUGCAGCAGCUAAUCAAGGAAAGGUCAUUAAACGGAAACAGGAGCUUCACCGACAGUGCGAAGCCAAUCGCGCUUUUGCACAUUACAGGUGGAGUUAGAAAUGGCAUUUGUAGAUUGAGGAAAUAAAGGUUGUAAUGGUAUGUUGUUUAUUGCUUAAAAUAAAUUAAAUAAAGGAUGCUA